AUCUACAACCACCAUACUGAAAGUAUUCGCCGUGCUAACUUCACCCUAUCUUGCUGACUAGAAAAACAAAAUGGCCUCUGGUUUGGAAGAGGCCAUCCUGCAAGCUGAGCAAGUUCUACAGUCAGUGGAAAGGAAGCCCAAAUUUAAAAGCACUGGUUCAAGUAAAUGGAAAUCAAUACACCAACGUCUGCAGGAAUUAUACGUUGAAGAAUGCAACAAGGAGUCAAGUGAUCCGAGUCUGAAGAGCAGUACCCACCUGCUUGACAAGCUAGCCAAGAGAGACAAACUCACCUGUCUGGUUGUUAACCUGUUUCCUAGCAACCAAGGAUUCUCAUUCAUGCUCAGGGGCAAGGAUGGCAAUGACACAGAGACACUGAAGCUGCCGUAUGAUGAAUCAGAUUUCUUGGAUUAUCUUGAUGCCGAGGAGCUCCCUCCUUUGCUGGUGGAGCUCCUUGAUAAAGCUGAUACAAACAUCUUCUACAGCGGUUGUGUAGUGACUGAGAUCAGAGACUAUCGCCAGUCGGCUAAUGGUCAAACUUAUCACUCCAAACAUUUACUACUCAGGCCUACACCACAGACAUUGGCAUAUGACAUCAAUUCAAUGACUAGCAAUGAUCCUAGAUGGAGUAUGGACGAUAAGUUAGCUCUAGAAAGUCAGCUCCUCCUGACCACCCAAGAGCCUCUCUGCCUCGAUCCAUCGGUAGCUGUAGCUUGUGCAGAGAAUAUAGUACAUCAGGAGAAACACAGGCUCAAUACAAGACCACUCAAAAAGUGCAUGAAGAGGUAUUCUCAGAUAGCCCGUAACCGUCGAGCCACAUUCAAGUCAUUCCCAGCUCCACCAGGUCUCAGGCUUCAUGACUUCCUUGCUAAGAAGAAAGAGAGAGCGCCACCACCUAAAGUUAACCUCAAAGUUGGCAAACCAUGUGUUGACAUGUGGAAGCAGAGAGAUCUUGACCUAACUGUUCCUGAAAAUGUUCCUGUAACACAGUUUGCAAGUCACUCAGAUAGACCACGAGAAAGAAGCAGUGGAGGAGUGAUACCUGUUGAAGAGGUGAUCUUAGAGACUGAGCGAGGGAAUGGACGUCUGCAGCAUGUCAGGGUUACCAUCCAGCAACGUCAGCUAGAUCAGACCUAUCAAGGAGAGCAGUACAUCGAUAGGAACUAUAAUCCUAAUGAUCCACAACACCCUAGAACCAAUGCUAACUUUACCAAGUUCUACCUAGGAUCAUUACAAAAUGCUCAAAGGUAUCUAAAGCAACUAACGGAAAGCCUGUCCUUGGAGACUAGACAGCCGGUCAAGAUCUCCCGGGUCAUGGCAGGUCAACCACCCCAGCUGAUUCAGAACCCCGCCUACCAGUCACACCAGCAGCAGGGCUCAAGGGGGUCUGCUCAGCAGCAACAGGGGCAGCAGCAGGGGGGCACGGCAGGUACAGGAGGGGGCGGUGAUGCAGGUGCAUCGGUAGCAGCCCAGGGGGCUCGUACUACCAGUGGUGGAGGGAGUUUGGAUGCUAGUAACCUCCAGCAGAAUAAUAAUAGCAACAAUCAGAUAGGAGCAGGGGGUGACAUGCCUGCAAUGGAUUCCAAGCAGCCUCUGAAGCUACAGCUUCCUCUGAACGCUGCAGCAGCUGUGAAUAUGAACAACACUCUCUCAAACCAGCUCUCCAACCAGCUCUCGCAGUCUGGAUUAGCAGGUUCUGUGAACUCUCAAGGUCAUGUCAUUCAGAUCACAGGAGGUCAACAAGGUCAGGUACAAGGUCAAGUACAGGGUCAAGCAGCAGGGUCUACCAUCUCUGUAACGAGCCCUCGCUUGCCUGGUAUGGGCAGACAACCACCUGCAUAUCUCAACAGGGCAAACAGCAAUAACAAUGCUCAGCAGCAGGAUGUACUUACCUCUCCUGUUGGUACACCUACAACCAUGCCAUCUACACCACCAGUACCCAUGUUUAGCGUAGGCGCACAGCUUCGCCAACUGAGGGCACCCUUGUCUACCCCCCAGCAGGCCCAGAGGCCAGUUGCUACCUCUCGUCCUCUCCCUCCUAUCCUUGGGCGUCGCUCGUCAGGUUUAGAUGCCCGACAGGUCCUGGCGGCCGCUGCUCAUUCAGCUAACCUCCCAGGUUCAAUGGGUCCCCCUCCUACACCCCCACCCUCUUCCACCCCCUCCCUCCAGUCAUCGGUUACCCCUCCACCUGUCCAGGGUAGGACUAAUACCCCCUCUCCACUGGGUAGUGGACCAGCUACAUCUAGCAGUAGUCAUCAGAUGGCUAUGACUAUCGCUAUGGCACUCGUCAAUUCUCAGCAAGGAGGUAUACCUCAGACAGGGAACAACAUCAUCAACACGCCCAUCGGUGUCAUGACGACCCUUCCCGGUUUCUCCCCUCAUCAGGCUGGAGGAAUGAUUCAGAUAUCUACCUCAUCAGCUAGCUCCAACAAUGAUGUCAUCACCGUGGUAUCAUCAGGGGUUUCCCCAGCUACCACAUCACAAUCAGGUGUCAUCCAGGCUCCUGCUAAUGUCUUGACAGGACCUAUCAAUAUCAUCAGUGGUGCUCAAGGGCUAUUAGGUACCGGUGGUCAAGCCGUCAUCGCCAAUGCACAGGGUCAAGUAAGCAUCGGUCAAGGGAAUAACCAGCUGACCCAAGCCAAGCUAGCCCAGCUGAUGACCAUGAACCUGAAGAACACAACCCUAAGAGCUGCUGCUGCUGCACAGACCGCAGGAGGAGCAGCAGGAGCGGGAGGUGCAGGGACUAACCAAGCUCAGCUAUCUCUCCUUCAGGGCCAACAACAGUUACUUUAUAACACUGCUAUUCAGCAACGCCAAAUUAACCCAGCAACUCUACAACAGUUGCAGCAACAGUUACAACAAAUGGCAGCUCAAAAUCAACAACAACAGCAACAACAACAACAACAGCAGCAACAACAACAACAGCAACAACAACAGCAGCAGCAGCAACAGCUUUCUACCUCCCAGAGCCAGGCUACUCUCCAACAACUAAAUGCAUUGCAGAAACAGCAGCAACAAGCCCAGGCUGCCUACCAGAAGCAACAACUUCUCAGACAACAACAACAGCUUCAACAGCAGUUGCAACAACAACAACAACAACAGCAGCAGCAGCAACAACAACAACAACAACAACAGCAGUUGUUGAAAGGCAAAGGUAAAAAGCAACGAGCAACACCUACACCUCCCCAGUGAAACCCAAAGCAUUUUAUUUUAAACAAUAUGAACCCUCUUCUGUGUAUCAAUAAAAAUUAGGACUCUUGUUUUGAGAAUGAUUCCUUGUUUCAUUGUUGAAUUGGUCACGAGUUUUUAAAAUGAAUAUAUAGCUGUUUCGAUUUCAGGCUGACAAAUAGCAUUCUUGGUGCAGUGUUAAAUAUUGGGCAGCACACUAGAAAUACUAGCUCCACAUUUUCAAUAUUUAUCAAUACAACAUAGCCCGGAGUAACUAGUCUGGAAGUUGGACUUGUCAUUGAUCUGUUUCCAAAUUAAUCUUUAAUAGGUUUUUAUUUUGUCUGCAUAUUUAUGUAGUGUGCACCAUAGACUUUAGAAAUGUAUCAUUGGUCUGUAUCAAUAUACUUUUGUUUGUGCACAAAGGAACGGUUAAUGUGUGCUUGAUACAGCAUAGUGGAGGAAGUUACCUAAUCAGAUUUCAUUUUCAUACAUUCGUCUUCUAUUUAUGUUGGGUACCUUUGUAGUGCAUCAUGUAAAGUUGACCAUUGUGAUAAGAUAUGCAUGCUUAGUGUGUUACCACCUUGACAAAGUAUGAACUGCAUGAUAUUAUUUUUUUUCAUAACAAUUUUAUUGUAAAUUUUAGUUUACUAUUGUUUUCUUCUUUUUUUUAUGGAAAAAGUAUAUUGAACAUAUUUCUUUUUAAACCUUGUACAUAAUUUCUAAACUAAGAAACACAUCUAUGUUGACAGUUUAUAUAGUAUCAAUUGUGAAUUAUGCAAUUGACGAAUUUGUAAUUUUUAUUCAUUGUUUGUGCUUGUAUGUUUUAUAUAUAACAGUUUUGAAAAAUAAUUAAAAAUGUAUAGAUAUUAAGUAUUGGAAUCUUAGUUAAUCCCCUUUAUAACUAUUUAAAAUCUUUUUAAAGAAAUGCAUAUGAAAUUUGUAAACUGUCAAAUUGCCGGGAUAAAGGUAUGUUUUCUUGUGUUGGAAAUACCGAAGAUCCCCUCAUAGGUCCUUUAUCAUUGAGACUUUAUAAUUCUUAUAUUUAUGUCAAGAGUAGAUUCAGUCAUUUGAAUUUAAAUAUUUAUCCAUGACUAUUAUGAUUCUUCAAAUAUUUAAAUAUAAAGAAAAAUGUAUUUUCAUUUAGUACGGGGCAAAACUUCAGAAAGGAUCAAUUGCGUGAAUAUAUGUGAUGAUCAGGAUUUCAAGAAAUUUUAAUGUGUUUCUACAUUUCAAUGAAGUGAAGAUAAAAUAUGUGAUGAUGAUAACAGCUGAUGGUCAGUCUUUGAACCACAGUACUUUGUAUAUCUUUUGAAUUGAAUUGAAUUAAUUUAAAUUAUUCACUACUUUAAUAAAAAAACUUGUAAAGUCAAUAAUAAAACAAAUAUGUAUAAGACAAUAAAGUGAAAAAAAUACACGAAGGAAAUUAAAGAGUGGUUGGAUCAUCAAAGAGUUAGAGACACUUAUAGGUAGAUGAUCCUCCACAAAAUACAAAAAUGUUCACAACUUGGGUAAUAAAAUUAAUUAUGUUGAGGUAUAUUGUUGUUGGAUAUAGGCUAGUAAAAAGAUUACAUAUUUUCCAAUGGACUUUUAUGCUAUGGACACAUUGAAUGACAAUUUAUUUAUUCAAUGCCUAUUUCUAAAAUACUUUCUUGAGGUAUGACAGCUACCAAGAUAUUCAUUCUUAUGUGUCUUAAUUUGUUUCCAGAAUCCAUGUUAUUAUCUAUGUGAAAUUGCUCUACAUUCCAAUAGUCUUGUUUUAAACUUUCAUAGAGAAGAUAGUCUCUCUUAUCUCCUUUAUAAAUGAUACAGCAUCAUUUUGUCGGGAAAAGGGAAUCAAAAGCAUGCAACACUUUUGCUUUCCUCGUCUUUCUGCAUGCUUGCUCAUUAGCCACACAUGCUCUCCUAUCAUUUUUGCACAAAAUGAUAGGACCCAAAGAAUAAUUGCUUUGUACAACACAAUGGCUUUGCAAAAUUAUCAAUUUCCUGUCUCUAUUAGCUCCAUGACCACCAUUUUAACGCAGGUAUAUAUUAAUCUUGUACUGGAAACAGUUAAAUAAUCUUGAAGCCAUUGAUAUAUCUACCCCAUGAUAAAUACAAUGUGGCACAGGGAGAUAAUUUAUGUGACAUAUAAAGAGUUGAGUAUGCUCAAGCAAAUAAACUGUAUGUUGUAGGCAGUCUGUCAUAUUAUAAGAAGUGGCAGAGCUGUCUGUGCCAUUUAGUUUCUAAUCUAGCAACCACCCCCUCCCCAAAUAUGUUUAAGAAUUUAUAUUAAGAUUCAAGAUAGUUAUCUAAAGUGGAUAUAUCAUAAGAAAGAAAAAAACACUUUAGAUUAUUGCAUGUUUUAGUGAUUUAUGUAUUUUCUAUUGUGCUGUAUAAACUAUUAUAGUUAAUAACUUCUAAAUGAACUUGUCGAUAAUGUGACUGAGCAACUGCAUAUAGUAUAUGUUUGUAUAUGUAGGUAGUUUUGUAGAGACUUCGUAGUUUACCAAGCAGUAGUUUUAUUGAGUACUGAAAUAAAAUCUGCUGAUUUUUAAACAAAAA